UAAUUCAGCCAUAUCAUUGCUCUGUGGCGUCAAGAAUAAGGACUUCGUCAGAUAAGUCCUUAUCUAUUUCUGUCAUACUAUUCCAGUAUGUUGCACGAAACAGUGAAUAAAUUAAUUGUUAUACUAUGUGUCGUAAUAACCAUUGCAAAAGGACAAGACUCACAGUGUGCCAAGGGCUGGGUGCAUCACGAUGAAUCCUGUUAUAUGUUGCACACUAAAGACAAGUACAACUGGAUUGAAUCUCAAAUGCUCUGUUCUGGUCAUGGUGCACAUUUGGCGUAUAUAGAUGAUAAUGCAGAAAACAUAUUUGUUAAAGGACUCAUUAUGCAAAAUUUGACGGGGCAGGGAGGGGCACACGUUUGGAUUGGAGCAUCUGACGACGCUUACGAGGGUGACUUUCUUUGGUAUGGAAUUGACCAACCUCUGACCUUCACAGACUGGGGACCCGGAGAACCAAACAGCGUUCGUCUCCACUUAGAUGAAGAUUGUCUCGUGUACUGGUCAAACUACCACUGGAAAUGGGCGGAUUAUAAUUGCCACGCUCAGUGUUAUUAUGUCUGCGAAAAAUCAGUUGAAGAUAGCAGUGUCAUUGUUGGAUAGAUGACAGAAUCUGCCUCUGUUUGCUUAUUAGGAUGAUAUCUGUGAAAUUGUAAUAAAGCAAUCAUAUAUCAAACAAUACUUUAUGUUUUCACUUGUAAGAUAUCAG